AUGACCAACAUUAUCACUGGCGGCAAAUAUUUACAACCCAUUCAAGAAAAGCACUUUAAGAAGCAAGUUGGCCAAACGAUAAAAGAAGACAAUAUAUCUAACAAGACUGCUGUACAAGAAGGUGGACUUCUACUAGAAUCACUGAACGGUUUUGCAUUGGUGGUGAGUGCAGAUGGAAUGAUAUUUUAUGCGUCAUCAACGAUUGUGGACUAUCUAGGGUUUCAUCAGACUGACGUAAUGCACCAAAACAUAUAUGAUUACAUUCAUGUGGAUGAUCGCCAGGAUUUCUGUAGACAACUGCACUGGGCCAUGAAUCCUCCCCAGAUGUUAUCUGGACAGCAACUACAGACAGAAACAGGAGAAGAAUAUAUUCUCAGUAAAUUGUUUAAAGCACAAGAGAAUGACAGCAUGACAACAGAUUAUUCUUCCUUUUUAACUCGUUGUUUCAUCUGUCGAGUUCGCUGCUUGUUGGACAGUACUUCUGGUUUCCUUACAAUGCAGUUCCAAGGCAAACUAAAGUUUCUUUUUGGACAAAGGAAGAAGUCCUCAUCAGGAACAGUAUUGCCACCUCAGCUGUCAUUAUUCUGCAUAGUGGUACCACUUCUGCUCCCUUCUGUGACAGAGAUGAAGAUGAAAAGCCUGCUUGUGAAAGCAAAACACAAAGCUGAUGAUGCAGCAGCAGUGAAUACAAACUCCAGUUCCAAAAGUAAUUCAGGGCUGUGUGAAGCAGCAGAUUUAUAUGGAAGAAACAGUCAUCAUGAAGGUGCCGCUUUCACUAAUGUAUUACAGAUUGCUGAAAACCAAAUCAAAGCAAAGAAUAAUGGAGAAAACGGCAUUUCUCUAGUCAAAGUACAAAAAAGUGAAGACCACUGGGUCUGGGUUCAAGCCAACACUCAACUUCUGUAUCGGAGUGGUUGUUCAGAAUAUGUCCUUGCCCAACAGCAAAUGUUAAAGGAAGAAGAUGAACAACUGAAGAUACUAAGUGGUUUUGCCAGUUUGAAGGGAAACCUGGAGGGACUUUCCUAUAACAGUGCCAUUGAAACUCUGGGCCAGUGGAAGCAUCUUAACUGGACAGCAGUAAAAAAUGAACCAGAUAAUGUAAAAGUGAAGUUUGAGCCACAUACAAACGGUGAGUGUUUUAUGCAAGAGGAACCUCUCAGUUCCAACACAUCAGUUUUAGGUGUCCAAAACAAUUGCACCACAAAUAAUAGCUGGACUUUAAGAAACUCAAGCUCUUGUUCUGUGAACCAGCGAAUGAAUACAUGUUCAAACAGGAGAGCUGCAUCAUUCUACAACAGAGACCAAAGCUUAAAUUUAGUAUCAACUUGCCCUUCCCACUGGGGGAGCGCAGAAAGCUGCCAGUCUUACUCAGGUGUACAACAGCGUUGUGCGGAGAACUAUGCAACGGACCAUCUGAAAAUGCAGAGACCGUUCAUAUCCUCAGAGUCUCUCUAUGACACAGCCUUUCCCUUGGAGAUGCCUAUCAAAACAGAGUACGAUUCUGAUUCUGAAAACAUUGCUGAUAACUACCUGAUGUCACAAAACCGAGCCUGGGUGGAUGAGAACGGCUCGGUGAGAAAGCAGGUGUUUAGCUACCCCAAUAGAGUGCAUCUCAAAACAGAACUGGACCUCUGUGAGCCAGCCUCACCUUGUCAGAAGCCAAGGCACUGCCUUUACACACCGCAUAAUUGGCAGUGCAUUGUAGCAAAUCAUCCCAACAACCUAAACCUGAACAGAUCUUGCAAGGGUUCACGUAACAAGGAGGUGGCCCCAUUUUACCCUCAGAACUCCUCCGGGUGUUUGGAAAGCAUGCCUGACCUGAUGCACACAGCGUGCUACAGCCACUUCUACAGCCCCAGCCCAGGAGAGGAGAAAGAGCAGAAUAAUGAGGGGUUUAAAAUGCCAUAUGAAUUUAAAAACCCCUGCUUGGUUCAAGCAAUCAAGCGUGAACCUCUGGAUUCUCCACCAUUGUCCAGCAGUGGACAGAACAGAGUACACACGAGCUUCCCUGAAAAUACAUUAGCAGGUCCUGUGCCUCAUAAAACCACAGAAUGUACAUUUUUACAAUAG